UGAAAGAGCGCAGGAUAUGCGACAAUUUAUGAAGCGACGACAUAUGUCACUGUCUGAGAGGAGGAAAACGCUCUCUUUACAGCUUUAUCAAAAUGACCUCUCGUGGAUUAUUCCCUAAACUCUAUAUUACCAGAACUAUUGGGAAAUUAAUAGCAGGCGAGUGCGUUCACUUUUCAUGAGGAAUUUACUGCCCACUCAGACGGACUGAUCAGGCGCUAUGGAGUUCCUCUUUAGAAAGAAAAAGAAUCUGAGGACAGCAGUCAGCUUGACUUUGGUGUUUGCCACUUUGCUGAUGCUUCAGAAACUGAUGACGGUGGAUAUGAACAUUAAGGAUAUCAAAGUCGAGCUGAAAACCAAGUUAUGUGGCCCCAAAUGUCAGUCACUCAAAAGUCACAGCAUAAGGGUGGUUGGAAAUUCAUCCCAGAAGAAUGAGACUGGCUUGGCACGAGUGGCCAAACGCAUGCCAAAAACAUGGGACGUGCAUAGUAUUAACUGUGCAGAGAAUUCCACAUUAAAAACCCAAGAGUGGUUUCGCCAUCUGAAUCCACGGUUCCACUCAUUUGUCCUCCAAAGACAUUGCAGAUAUUUCCCCAUGCUGCUGAAUCACCCAGAGAAGUGUAGCGGUGACGUGGAUAUUCUGGUCGUAGUAAAAUCGGUUAUUGAAGAACACGACCGGAGAGAGGCAGUGCGCAAGACGUGGGGUAAAGAACAGGUAAUCCAGGGCAUGAGAAUCAAAACGUUAUUUCUCUUAGGCACUCCAGCGUCUGGCAAAGACUCCCGAAAUUUACAAGCGCUGGUUCGAUAUGAAGACCGAACCUAUGGGGACAUAUUGCAGUGGGACUUCAUGGACACAUUUUUCAACCUUACCUUAAAGGAGGUGAAUUUUCUCAAGUGGUUCAACAUCUACUGCCGCAAAGUCCCCUUCAUCUUCAAAGGAGAUGAUGAUGUGUUUGUCCACACCAAAAACCUCGUGGAACUGAUUGGUUUUAAGAUGGAGGAGAAGGUGGAGAACCUAAUUGUUGGGGACACCAUUUUCAAAGCCAAACCGAUCAGAAACCGUCAGAGUAAAUAUUUCAUUCCCAAAGAUUUGUAUGAUAAACCUUAUCCACCUUACUUGGGUGGGGGAGGAUUUCUCAUGUCAUCUCAAGUGGCUCAGAGGCUGUUCGUGGUUUCUGAAAACGUAGAGCUUUAUCCAAUUGAUGAUGUGUUUUUGGGCAUGUGUCUUCAGAGGUUGAAGAUCACACCUGAGCUGCAUCUGGGCUUUAGAACAUUCGGGAUCAUAAAGCGCAAAGUGACCCCUUUGAACCGAGAGCCGUGUUUCUUCCGUAACCUCAUCGUGGUGCACAAACUCGGUGCAGCCGAGCUCCUGAGAAUGUGGAAACUUGUGCAAAACGAAGACCUCAAUUGCGCCAGACAAGUUGUGUUCUAAAACUCAACUCAAAUGGGCAUUUAAGAGAACAAAGAGAAAACAUCUCUGUUAUACAAACAUUUUGUUUACUGAAACCGUUUGCGUUUUCAUCCUUUCUUUUGUAACCGCGUUGUGUAUAAAUAACGUGGACGAUUAUGAUGACUGCUUAUAUUGUUAUGCAUUACCAGAUCCAA